AAAGAGAUGUAUUUGAAAAUCAGGCAAAAUGAAAAGUGUGCUUUUUAUAAUCGUAGUGACUUUGACAUUGACUUAUGCGGUGCCAGUUGAUCCAUUCGUACCAGUAGAAUCAGUAACGGCAAAACCAGAAAAGCCAGUAGAGCCAGAAAAACCAGUAGAAAAGUAUGGUUAUAACGAUUGCAUGAAAAAUUGUGGACAGCCCAAAGAAAGGGAGAGAGUGUGUGGAUCUGAUGGCAUAACGUAUGACAGUGAAUGUACUCUUUACUGCAAAAGUGCAUACAAAAAUGAAUCGUGCUUAUCAUUUGUUCACAAAGGAAACUGCAGUUCAGAACCAUGUAUUUGCAAUGAAACUUCCUGUGAUUAUGAAACUUCCGUAUGCGGUUCAAAUCGUCAAACUUAUAGAAAUGAUUGUGCAUUAAAAUGUGCACAAACAAUAGAUUCAGACCUAAAAAAAGCAUUUAAUGGAAGUUGUUUAUGUGUUAUCCCUCUCAUCUAUAGCCCCGUUUGCGGCUCGGAUGGGGUCAACUACGGCAAUCGUUUUUCUUUGGGUUGCGAACAAAAAUUCAAUAAAACCUUGACGGAAGCAUGCUAUGGAAGAUGCCCUUGCAACAGCACUAGCAACAACAACGAUAUUUUUAAUAAUUUAUCAUUAUUGAUUGGUAAUAAAACAAGUACUUAAACAUUUCUAAGUUUGACCGAGGAGAAAGAUUGAAUAAAAGCACCGUUUUUUUUAAUAGAGAA